AUGGGCCGCAGCCUCAUCGACCGCAUCCAGGCCAAGCUCGAGUUCUUCCGCCUCGAGCAGCACUACACCCGCCGCCGCCACCGCCGCUCUACCUUCGUCUCCAACGCCGUCUACGUCGACGGCGAGUACGUCUACCAGACGCCCAACAGCACCGGCUCCUCAACCGACUCGUCGUCCCUUGGCCACACCGACGCCCUCCAUGGCGAGCACGUCGGCGCCGCCAACAAGGCCGCCGCCGCCCGCGGACCUGGGAUGCCCGCCUCCCCCCUCAUCCGCGAGGACGAUCACUUCGACCUCGACAACGAGCACGUCCCGGAGCCCAUGCCCCAGCGCAAGCGCCUCAACCGCUUCAGUUCCAUGCCCUCAUUCAACGGCAGCACCUCCACCAUGCAGACAUCGGGCAGCGAGCGACGACGUAGUGCCGUCCAAUGGCUCGACAAGAAGUGGUAA